CAGAGAUUCGUUAUAAAAUGAAGUUGAUCUAAGCAACGAAAAUCAUUAGAUUCCGCUUCUUUGUGGUGAGGAACAAUCAACGAUGGCAUCAAAUCCGAAAUAUCACACAUUUGAGGAAGUCGCCAAGCACAAUAAGAUUAAAGAUUGCUGGGUGAUUAUCAGCGGAAAGGUUUAUGAUGUGACCCCAUUCAUGGAGGAUCAUCCCGGAGGUGAUGAUAUUCUGCUAUCGGUCUCAGGAAAAGACGCAACUAGCGACAUUGAAGAUGUUGGGCACAACGAUUCUGCUCGGGAGAUGAUGGACCAGUACUUGAUCGGGGGGAUAGACAUGGCAACGGUUCCCCUGAAACCAAGCUACGUUCCUCCAGAUAAGACUCCGGAGUUUGUGAUCAAGAUCCUGCAAUUUCUCGUGAUAUUGGGACUGGCAUUUGCUGUCCGACUCUACACCAGAGAGAAAUGAGGGGUUAGAAUUGCGGAUUUGCUUUGCAGCUCUUGGUUUUUAUUCAUAACUUGUGUGCGUUGCACGACAUACUCAAAAAAUAAAUUAUAUAGAAUUCACACUAGUAUAAUGCAAAAAAAAAAAAGCUUCCCAUAUUUUCUUAUUUUUAA